CUUUCUAGAGGAGGCGUUGGUAGUACACGUGCUGUCAUGCGCUGCACGAAAGUUUCCUUGUGAGCGCAGUUGCCGUAUUGUUGUUGUAUAGUCGUUCUCGUAGUAUCUGCGUUCAGGUUUUUUGCCUUCCGUCGUUUGAGCAGUUCGGUGGUAGUUUCAGGUAUCAUCUAGCCGGAAAAUCAAAGCGCAAUGCCAAAGGCUGAUCAAGCAGAGAAAAAGAGGCGCAUACAAGCCCGGACGUCAAGGCCGGUGCAUCCAAACAGCCGAAAGGCUCAGCAGAUGGCGAGGAAGAAAAUUCACUGCAGCAAAAUCACUACUAGGAAAAAGCAGUUAGCACUCAAGCUGAAAAACAAACUCGAGAAGCUUGCCUGGUUUCGCGAGAACCUGCCUACCCUUGAGAAAGACAGGCUCGCCCCAGCAGAGUUUGACUCAUUGAUUGAAAGGUACUUCCGGCGUUUUGACGGGGAGCUUGAGCACGUUGAUAACAUCGAACGCAUUCGUGGCACCGUCACUCAGUUCAAAGGGCGAUUAGAUGCCAUCAAGAUCACCCUUGAGAGUGAGAUCCGAAAUUACAAUUCAUGUGGCAUUGAAGCACCAGAUUUGCUCUCGCCAGAUGCAUUCAAGCUUUUCCUGGAGUGGGACGGAAGCUCUGUGAAUUACCUGCCGAAAAUUGACAUGCGCACAAUUUCUAAGGCCACGCUGGAACGACUAGCACUCCACUGAGUCAAAAUUUUUAAAAAAUUUGUUGAGACUAUUAUGUGUGUAUUUAUGUAAGCUUGCAAACAAGCUGUGUAAAUAUGUUUCAAAACUUGUAACUUUGUGUUGGCAUGUUUUAAAUUUCUGUACUGCGUUUGUUACAAAUAAUGCAGCUCAUGGUUGAACAUUC